AUGGGCUCCAUGGGCUCACUGCCCGCCCUCAGAGACUUCCCACACUUCUACUAUGCAGUGGUCGGCAGCGCCGUUGCCGUUGCCACGCUUGUCAAUGUCUACAAUUACCUGCUAUAUCGACAAAGAUUAUCUGAAGCAGGACAUGGUGCGCCAACGCCUGCAAAGCCAAAAUCAUGGCUUGCGCUCGGAAACGCGACCACAUAUGCCCUGACCCGAGAGGCAUCCAGUUAUUCGAUACAUAUACCCCUCAAAGGCCGGACCAUUAGAUUACCCACCGUUGGUCGAACCUCUCUGAUCUUGGCAAACGUGGUUGUCCUUGUCGUGCUGUGUCUCUAUGGGCUGGAUCUGCACAGUGUACUCAACCGGGAGAGCGUCGGCUUUCGAUGUGGUGUUGUCACAAUCGCACAGUUCCCAAUCAUUGUCCUGCUGGCGGGCAAGAACAACAUCAUCGGCCAUCUCAGUGGGAUAAGCUACGAGCGACUCAACUGGAUACAUCGGUGGUGUGCUCGCUGUAUGCUCUUGACAGCUACCAUGCACAUGGGCUGGUUCUUCAGUGCGUGGGCGCCUUACGAUUAUAUUGGCUACCAGCUUCAGCACAGCAAAAUUGUAUGGAAGGGUCUUGCUGCCUGGUGUGCUUUGUUCUGGAUCGUCUUUAGUUCCAUGUCGCCAAUCCGAGGAUGGAGUUACGAGAUUUUUGUCAUCCAGCACAUCAUCUCCUUUGCUGUUUUCCUGGCGUUCGUCUAUCUCCAUAGCCCCGGCGAAAUGCAUGGCUACGUCUGGGCACCGGUUGCCAUUUUCCUGUUUGAUCGCGUCGUGCGAGCUUCACGCAUCUUAUAUUUCAACGUCUCCUUCUUUCAUCCUACGCAAAGACAGCAAGAAAAAACCAAAGGCUUUUUAACGUGCCAAGCCGAAUUCACACCUCUAUCGAAUAAGACAACAAAGAUAGUUGUCCGAAACCCACCAAUGAGCUGGAAGCCCGGUCAACAUGUAUACCUAUCCUGUCAAUCAGUUGUGCCUUUACAGAGCCAUCCCUUCACCAUUGCCACAAUACCCGAAGAUGGGCGAAUGGAAUUUUAUGUCAAGGCUGAAAAGGGUGGCACUAAGCGCUUCCGUAGCUUUGCUGAAAAGUCAGACAGUUCAUCUGAAGCAUUAGCAAAGACCAAAUCGGUAACAUUUGAGGGCCCUUAUGGUACCUUGCGACCACUCCGACAGUUCGACAGUGUUGUUCUUGUGGCAGGUAGCACCGGAAGUACCUUCACUAUGCCACUACUUCGCGACCUUAUCCGGGGUUGGCAGGAAAACGCUAACCGUAGUACUUUGAAACCCAAGUCGUUCUUCCAGACACCGCUUGGCGCGGUCACACGCCAUAUCCGUUUUGUCUGGGUUGUAAAGAGCAGUGGCCAACUCAACUGGUUCUCCGAACAACUCACCUCCAUCUACGUCGAAUUCCAAACCCUCCAAGAAAGACUUCGGGACAUCAAGCUCGAAAUGAGCGUUUACAUAACCUGCGAUCCUUCCUUCACCGAAGGCCAAAAAUCUCUCAUCUCAGACAUACUCCCUCCCACAGCAACCUCAUCAUCACGCCAAAACGAAACUAUACACGGCACCCCGCAUUACAACGACCCCAAAUAUACCUCCCUACCCACCUCCCAAAACAAGUCUACCUCCACCGAGAAACAAGAAAUCCACCACAUCCGCUCAAACGAAACAUCAACCAGCCUAGACCUCCAAGACCCAUCCACCAUCCAAACCCCAAUCAGCCCACCAACCUGCUACUGUCGCGCCAUCAUCUCAGAAAACGAUCCACUUACUCGCAGAACAGCAUGUUGCUGCACCGCCAACGCGUCAUCAUCACCGCGGAAUUCGCACUCGCGAAAUACGUCGCUGACGGUUACGCACCCUUCCAUUGCUAUUCUGGCUGGGCGCCCCCAGUUACGCGACAUCAUUCGCAAGUCGCUCGAGCAGGCGUGGGGAGAGAGCGGUGUUGUCGUGUGUGGGCCUCGGGGGUUGGUGAGUGAUGUUCGAAGGCACGUUGUGGCGUUGAGUGAUGAGAGGGCGGUGCAUAAGGGGACGGGGGCGCAGGGGAUUUAUUUACAUGCUGAGAGUUUUGGGUGGUGA